AAUUCAACAGACUGGAGCAUUUAAACCGACAUAUCCAAACUCACACUGGAGAAUAACCCCAUAAAUGUACUUGGAACGGAUGUUCCAAAAGAUUCUCCAGAUCUGACGAAUUGACGAGACAUAAAAGAACUCAUGAUAGUUUAAAAAGAGAGAUCACAGAAAUAAAAAGAUGAUUGCAGUUCCUUUUAAAAAUUUGUCAACUCUUUAUAUCCGUGAUCAAGUUCAAAAUGAAGGAAAUAAUUCAUCAUCCCCAUCGUCUCGUACGAUUACAACAUAUAUUUUUACCGAAUCUACAACUUCACAUCCUAAUUCUUCAUGGCAAAAACCUUUUAAUUGUUCAAUUAAUGGAUGUACGAAGAGCUUCACUCGACAUGGACAUUUAUCAAGACAUGUACAGUCUUGUCAAUCAAAACGUAAUCGUAAAGAAAAUGAGAAACCUGUUCACCCUCCAAGUCCUGUUACAUCUUGUAUUAACUAAUAUUUCAAAAUAUGAAAUACUAUUUAUUGUAUAACACAAUGCAUAAUAUAGAAAGUUACUAUUUUAUUUAAUUACUUUCUAAAUGAACCGCAAUUUAAUUUGUAUAAAAGAAAAUUGUAUUAUUUCGUACGCGGCCAUUUCUUAUCUCUUUUCUCCGUGUU